AUGUUCGAAGAGCAGCCGGAAGUGAAAGAAGCUAUUGAGAAUAAUCGUUUCGAAAUUGUACUGAAAAAUGUUCGACUCGAAUCGGUCAGCGAAAGUGCGAAUCUCUCACAAAAGAGGGUUUUCGAAAAUAUGCCUCAAUUGAAUUUACUAUCCCUCACUGGAUGUUCCCUUCAAAAUCUGUCGUCUUCUAUCAAACUGUGCACGAAUCUCAUCUCACUGGUAUUGCCACAAAACGAGUUGAAACAGAUUCCCGAUGUUCUCGACUGUUUCCCAAAACUGCGAUUCAUUGAUAUCUCUCACAACUCUCUGGAUAUCUUGCCGCCUUCAUUGUCUUCAUGUGAACAUCUGGAAUCACUUAUUCUUAAUAACAAUGCUCUCAACGAAUCAAGCUUCCCAGAUUUGUCGAAACUCUCGAAUCUCCAUAUAUUCGAUGCAUCCAACAAUAGUCUUUCAAAACUUCCAGAAUCUCUCACUUCUCGAAGCUUAUCUGCAAAACUUCAUACCAUAAUCCUUUCCCACAAUGCGAUCGAAGAAAUUCCAAGUAGUUUGAGCAAUCUGAAACAGUUGAGAGAGCUGAAAGUGGAUGAGAAUAAAGUGAAAGAUGUGCCGACUGUUAUUGAUCUCCUCCCCAAGCUGAAAGUUCUGGAUAUAUCGAAAAAUGUAUUUUCCGAUAGUCGUUUCCAGAAGUUGGCCAAUGACAAACGUGCUAAACUAAAUGCGAUUAUUGCUUUAGCAAAAAAAGUUGGAAAACCAAUUGAAAAGAAAGCAGACGAGAAAGAAGAAUCAAAUGAAAUCGCUGAAUCUGAUGACGUUGAAAAGGAUUCUCCAAUCACAAUCCGGACAGGAAUCGAAACAUUGACAGUUCGAAGGCACCCGAGUGUCACUGAAAUCCGUCCCUAUCUUGUCUGCUGCGUCUUCAAUGAUGUCGACUUGAACGGAGACGCAUUCAAAAAGUUUAUUGCACUUCAAACCAAGUUACACGCUUCGGCACUUUGCGAGAAUCGAACACUUUCCGCAAUCGGAACCCAUCGUUUCGACUCGUUCCAGCUCCCUCUAUGCUACAUGGCUCUUCCAAAGGACGAAUUAUACAUUCGUGCUCUCAACAAGAAGUCAAGUGUGAGUGCGUCUGAACUGUUGGAUAGUCUUCUACGUGAUGCUGAGCUUGCCAGAAAACGAAGCAAACGGAGUACAGUCGAUCCAUUGCACAGAUAUCUACAUAUAGUGAAAGAUGAGGAUAUUCUUGCAUGCCUGGUAGAUGCACAACAAAUUGUUAUCAGUUUGCCACCUAUAACAAAUUCGGACGGCACAAAACUGAACGUUGAAACCACAAGUAUUUGGGUCGAAGUCUCAUCGAAACAAUCACUGGAAGCAUGCAAGAAGACAAUGGACGAGUUUGUCAUCGCUAGUCGUAUCAUAUUCCCAUCGCUUUCAAUUGAUCAAGUUCGAGUUGUUGACAAUGAGACACUUGUUUCGAUUUACCCGGAUAAAAACGAUCUUCCCGGUGUGGCUGUGAAUCGAAUCUCACAAUGA